CAGACCGAUCAGCAUAUCAGCAUAUCUGAGUAUCGUUCUUUGACAAAUCUACUCAUGAUGUCAAGCGGAGGCGUCGAGAAACGCGGGUCUGCGUCCACGGUGCGAGCUUGUGAUCUGUGUCGCAAACGGAAGCGAAGAUGCGUGUGGAACUCCGGUUCUCAGGGCUGCUCGCCGUGCACCAAUCUGAAAGAAACAUGCAUGACCACGUACACGCGCAAACAAAGGUCGAAACCACAAAGAGGCACGCGCAUAGCCGAGUAUGAGGAUCGCAUAAAGAGAUUGGAGUCGCUGCUACAUGAGCGGAACGUGGCACAACCACACGUGCGCCAACAACCUGUCAUGCAAGCAACAGAACAUUCACCUCCAAUCUCAGCAUGGGUAAAUUCAUUGCGUCAUGAGGUGGAGGCGGGCCCUCAUCCCCAACUUCCAGACUUCGACCCUUUUGACAUAGAGAGCUUCCUACCAGACAAUGAUGGCCUGUUUGCAGACGGCCUGGGCGCACUGUCUACUGGCGAUUCCAUUCAUGACUCUUCAACAUUGGAUCCCCCCUUGCAGGUUCCUUUGGAUGGCAUUUAUUCCUCCGCUGACUUCCAGGAGGAUGCUGCCUUCCUACAAGCUGCACAAUUUGGGCCGGAACCGACCGAGGAUGUCAGUCUACUACCGCUGCCAACAGUAACCAGUCUAACCAGUGACUGGUAUCUGCCACCCCCAGAGCUCGGAACUACACUGCUUGCGGAGUUCCUGACUGACCUAAACACCGCAUAUCCGCUCUACCAGCCGCAUGUCAUAGCCGAUCACCUUCGAACAUGCUAUGCAGGGCUGCCUGAUGAUUCGGCCAUCGCUUGGACGAGUGCGUACAUUGUAUUUGGUAUGGCACAUCAUAUGCGUGGCAUGAGCGUAAAUGGUGCCAACUAUAAUAUGGACAUGGCUCAGUAUUACCUUGCCCGCGCCUACUCGACACUUGACACUCUUCUCACAGCGCCGCCAUCCCUAGGACAGGUCCAAUGUCUUAUCGGCAUUGCGCUACUAAUCGUCGCCAGCCCAUGCAGUAACAAGAAGCCAGCGGGUCAAUUUGUCUCUACCGCCCUCCGUGUCAUUAGAAGUCUAGCCAACGAAGGCAGGAAAAGCAAUGCAACAGCGCAGGAGCUAAGUGACGGCGCACAACAGCGUCGUGUUUUCUGGAUCUGCUUCACCAAUGACAUCAGUCUGAGCAUCUUGAGCAACACGCAACCAACCCAUCAACUCCAAGACGUAGCCAACUGCUCCGACUUUGUAGCCGACGAGCUCGGCGCGCUCACUGCGACCGAGGGUACCUGGCGAGCGCAUAUAUUCUGGCUCUUCACAAGGAUAGCCUUACUUCAGACCGAAGCCAUCGACCAGGUGCUCUCUCGCAGGACAUGUAACACAACUCCGCUGGACUUAAGCGCUGCAUCAACUAUCGUGCUCGCACGCUUGCAGGCCUUUCACGAGCAACAUCACAUUUUCCAACUUUCCGCUGGCCAGUUGGAACAGAUAUUGUAUCAAGCAGAUAUCUGUCAUUGUGUUGCGCUGGAGGCUUACUACUUCGGGACUGUAUAUCGACUACAUGCGUUCAUGGCGUUAGACAUGAGUUCGGAGACGAAUCCCUUCGAGCUGGACGGCUUGAUCAGGAUGUCGAAGAUGAAGCAACACAAAGCAUAUCUGGAGGCACAACGGCUGCUGAGUCUACUGCCAGUAGCACCUCGCGGCAAUGUUGCCUUGUACUGGAUGGUAUAUCCCUAUCUCAUCGCAGCACUCGUCACCAUUCUUGCGCAUCAUAUCCAGAAUCCAGCUGAGAUGGCUCCAUCGGCUGCCGAAAUGCGUAUCUAUGGGCAGCUACUCGCUGAUCUCGAUACUAUGGUUCUUGCAGGCGACGACCCGGACAUGGAAGCGAAAAGAAACCUUUGCAAGUGCUUGUUAUCGACCUUCGAGGCGCGGCACCGUGCUUACGAUAUGGGCGAAGCUCCAGGAUGUAUUACAGUGACGAGUUGAGGACUAUGAGAACUUGACGAUCGCGCAGGGGUGCUGGCAAUGUCGCCGUGUUAAUCAAUCGCAGUGCCGCGAAAGAGAUCGAAUAUUUCAUGGGAGUUACUAUUAGCGAUAGGUAGCUGCGUUAUUGGUAACGCUUUCGUCUUUGCAGAUACAGCGCAGUGCUAGUGAUCCUGGGCCCGAUGGGAGUGACGUAGCUUGAUUAUAUUCCGAUCUGUGAACAGUUCUAAUCAACAACGGAAGCAGUGAAGAGAUUUCACUCUUAUCACUAAGACUUGCUUAAAGGCUCUUCUUUGGCGAUACCCUAUGUUGAGCUCCAGCGCUCUGAUACGUCAUGCCACGGUCUGUCAAGCCACCACUGACUUCGAUUCACAUAUAAGAGUAGUACAUUCUGCGAUAAC